GGAGGAAAUUGAAAGUUUUAAAUUUAAAAUGUGAAAGAUAGAAAAUAACUUUUAGUAUUAUAAUACUUGUUUUUGUUUUAUAAAUUAUAAUUAGAUUCCUUUUAGCUUAUUUUCCCUAGCGAAUAAGCAACAAUAAUAAUGUACCCAAUAUAUUUUUAUAGAGUGACAUUCAAAAAGAUAAAGUGUACAAAAUUUAUACCAAUGGUGUGGAGUCCUCAAAGGGAAAAGACAACUUAAAAAUAAAAAAUAAAAAAUAAAAACAAAAAACUUUGAAUUGAACAAGUUUAAAAAAAAAAAAAAAAAAAUAGAGAGAGGAGACCCUUCAGCUCUGCCAUCAUCAAUACUUUAAUAAAUUUUGAGAAAUUGAAGUCGAUAUAAGUACCCCAUCAAACACCACCUACGCUCUUCCUCCUCAUUCAAUUUUCGUAGCGUCUUCCCCCAGCCAAGCUUGGAGAGCCAACACAACAGAGAAAAAUGGGGUUCUUGUCAUUUCUUGGAAGGGUCUUCUUUGCUUCUGUUUUCAUCCUCUCUGCUUGGCAAAUGUUCAAUGAAUUUGGGGAUGAUGGUGGGCCUGCUGCGAAGGAAUUGGCUCCAAAAGUGGCAGGUCUGCAGGAUCUUCUUGAAUCCAAGUUGGGGGCAGGGGUACCAAAAAUUGAUGUAAGGCAUGUGGUAGCAGCAUUCAUGGCUCUAAAAGGAAUGGGUGGAUUGCUAUUUGUAUUUGGCAGCUUCACUGGUGCUGUUCUACUGAUGUUUUACUUGACAAUGGCCACUCCACUUCUGCACGAUUUCUACCACUAUAAGUUUGGAGAGCCACAGUACUUCAUUGUUCUACAAGAGUUCUUGCAGGGUCUGGCACUAUUUGGUGCAUUGCUGUAUUUCGUGGGGAUGAAGAACUCGAUUAACCGGAGGCUACCAAAGAAAAAGACCCUCAAGUCCAAGACAGCUUAGUAUACUUCAUUGAAGGGUUAUAUAAGAUUGGAUUAUUCAUGUUUGUUGGUUAGCUUUUAUGAUUAGAAGUGACUAGUUAAGUCUGCUUUACACUGAAGGAGUUCUUCCUUGAACCCCCUCACCUGGAUUUUUGCAUUUUAUUUUCUUCUUCCGAGGCUGUGAGCCGGCAUGGUAAAGGGAAUUUUGAAAAUAGCUUUAUUAAUUAUGUUUUGAAAAUAUAAA